AUGUCCGCGACCAAAGCGCCGCACGUCGUCAUGCUGACAAGCCCCGGGAUUGGGCACGUCCUCCCUAUGGCCGAGCUCGCGAGGCGCCUCGCCGAGGACCACGGCUUCACCACCACGAUCAUCACAUACUCCUCCGGUAUCUCCUCGCCCAGGAACGCCUCGGUGCUCGCCUCCCUCCCGGCAUGCGUCACCACGGCCGCGCUCCCCGCCGUGCCACUAGAUGACCUCCCCGCCGACGCCCGCAUCGAGACCCGCAUGCUCACCCUCGUCACCCGGGUCCUGCCGCACCUCCGCGCGCUCCCCGCCGAGCUCGUCAGCGCCCACGACGUCGUGGCGUUCCUGGCCGACAUGUUCUGCGCGCAGGCGCUCCCGCUCGCCGCCGAGCAAGGCGUGCCGCCCUACAUCGCCUUCCUGUCCGGCCUCGCGACGCUCGCCUUCAUGCUCCGCCUGCCGGAGCUCGACAGCGCUACCACCUGCGCGUACCGCGACCUCCCGGAGCCCGUUCGGCUGCCUGGCUGCGUGCCGCUGCGAGGCGAUGACCUCCUCGACACCGUAAAGGACCGCUCCAACCCCGCGUACGCCCUGCUGGUCGAGAUGACGCGGCACCUAGUCCUCGCCGACGGCUUCGUCGUCAACACCUUCGACGGGAUGGAGCACGACACCAUAACCGCGUUCCAGGAGUUGUCCGACGAAGGCGUGUAUCCUCCUGUCUACCCUGUCGGCCCGUUUCUCCGAGCGUGCUCCGAGGACGCGGCAAAAGUGCACGGCUGCCUGCGGUGGCUAGACGACCAGCCGGACGGCUCGGUCCUGUACGUCUGCUUCGGCAGCGGCGGCGCGCUGUCUGUAGAGCAAACCGCCGAGCUCGCCGCGGGGCUGGAGGCGUGCGGGCAGAGGUUCCUGUGGGUGGUGAACUUCCCCAGCGACAAGGACAGCAGCGCGAGCUACUUCGGCGCGGCGAGCCAUGGCGGCGGCGACGACGACCUGCUGAGGUUCCUUUCGGAGGGGUUCAGCGAGAGGACCAAGGGCGUCGGGCUCUGCGUGCCGAUGUGGGCGCCGCAGGCGAUGGUGGCGUGGCCGCUGUUUGCGGAGCAGAGGAUGAACGCGGUGCUGCUGGAGAAGGCCGGGCUGGCGAUGCGCCCAGCGAGUCCAAGGGGCGAGGUGGUGUCGCGCGAGGAGGUGGCGGCAGUCGCGAGGGAGCUGAUGGUGGGGGAGAAGGGGAAGGCCGCGAGGAAGAAAGCGACGGACAUGCAGAUGGCGGCCGCUGAAGCGUUGGCGCUGGAGGGUCCGUCGCACAAGGCGCUCGCGGCGAUCGUGAACAAGUGGAAGCAGGGCGCUCACGGUGGCACAGCAAACGGAACGACUGCAAUCUGA